AUGGCGUACAAUUUGCCUAGAUCAGAGGAAUCAAUCUCCUCUCCAUUCUUUGUUCAUCCAGGUGAAAAUCCCUCACUCGCUCUUCUUACAAACUUGUUUGAUGGGACUAAUUACCAUGCUUGGUAUAGAUCAAUGCGUAUGGCUUUGAUCUCAAAAAAUAAAUAUAAGUUUGUUAAUGGUUCAAUUUCUGCACUUAAUCCUGAUCAUGAUAACUAUGAAGUUUGGGAAAGAUGUAACACACUUGUUAUGUCAUGGUUGUAUAGAUCUGUAACACAAACUAUAGCUGAUAGUGUUUCAAAUCUUGAUAGUGCUUUAGAUGUUUGGAUUGACUUGAGAGAUCGUUUUUCUCAAAGAGAUGCCUAUAGAAUAGGUGAUCUUCAGGAAGAAAUAUACACAUAUAGACAGAAUGCCUUGAAUUGUUCUUGUGGUCUGAUAGAAAGAGUCAGACUGAACUUAGAUAAUGAUCAUGUGAUUCGUUUUAUGAAAGGAUUGAAUGAGAAUUUUGUUACAAUCAAAACUCAGAUAUUAAUGAUGGAACCGCUUCCAGAAAUUAAUAAGGCCUUCUCUAUGGUAAUUCAAUUUGAAAGACAAUUGAAUGCUACUGGCAAUAAGUUGCCUUCUGAAUCAAGUGUCUUCAUGGCUAAAGGUUUUAGUGAGAGUAAUGAACAAGGAUAUGAUUCAAAUAUCUGUUAUGCUAGAGUUGAUUACUGCUACAAAAAACAUGGAUACCCUCCUGGAUUCCAGCCAAGGUACAAGGGAGAGAGUAGUGGAUAUGUUAAUAAUGUACAACUUGAAGAACAGGAGUACAUGAAUGCUCAGGAACAAAUGAAUGGUUACAUAGUAGACCAGUCUCAACAGAUGAUGAUGAUGAACAAUCAGUCUCCACAGAUCAUGAACAAUAGACAAGAUAUGCAUACUCAACAGCAUUCAAAUGAAGGGAAAAUCUUUCCUUGCACACCUGAGCAAUAUCAGAAGAUUAUGUCUUUGAUUCAAGCAGACAGGAUUGGUGAGACACAAAUUACAGCUCAUGCAAAUUCACUUUCAUCUACCUUCAAACCAAUGACAGAAGAGCAAGGUAUUGUUCAUGCUUGUUAUUUCUCAUCUAAAGGUUAUAGAGAAAGUUGGAUAUUAGACACUGGAGCUAUAGACCACAUAAUCUGUGAAAUUGAAUUCUUUAAGGAUUAUAAAAGGGUUCAAAAUGUCCAUGUCAAGCUACCAACAGGGCAACUCAUAGCAGUAACUCACAUUGGUUCAGUACAACUCAAUUCUGAUCUAGUAUUACACAAUGUUCUAUAUGUCCCAAUGUUUAACUUCAAUUUGAUUUCAACAAGCAAAUUGACAGAUGACAGACAUUUGUGCUUAAUACUUUAUCAUGAUCACUGUUUCAUCCAGGAUAUGGAGACAUAG